AUGUCUGCGCUGGGACCCUUGCCUAAUUCCCUUCUCGAGCUAGAUGCCAGCUGUUUUAUGCAGGACCUUUUCAUCAAUUUACUGGAGGCUUCAUUCAUACUACUGAGCCCGAGAGCAACAACGAUAUGCAAAACUCUUUGUGCCGCAUCAGUUUUUGUUGUGGAGGAGCUGCAGAUACAUUCGGAUCGAGUCAAAACGGCCACAAGUCUCAAGGCGGUGUCGAGAUCCCAAUGGUACAAUCCAUUAGCAGGAGAGAUCGUGUUGUCCCGCUGUACACCAGGGAACACAUCAUGGGAGUAUGACAAAAAUCUGAUAGCAACGCGUGAGGUUAUCGAGGAGAGACUACGAGCGUUUGCUGCAACUGUAGAGCAUGAUUUUGCUCAAUCACUCUCACGACUUCCAGCAUAUGUGUCUGUUCACUCACUAACUUUAUGA